UUUUUCACGAAAUAUAACUUUAGUACAGUAACUAGAAAUGCAAUGUUCCGCCAAACGUGGAAUAAGAAAUAUUUUAUUUUAGCUAAAUAACUUUAACGUAACAUGUUCUAAGCUAAUGUUAGCUAGUUAAUUGGCUAACUGAAUCCAGGGCUAGUUUUAUUUUUACCCCAGUGGAUUUGCUUCCAACUAUGUAAUAUUCACUGCUCUACAGAGGUACAUGUGAGAGAUGGGAAGAGAGAAGGAACGCUAAAGGAGAAGGGAAAGCCAAGCACAAAACAACGAAGCUGAAAAGGCUAAGUGAUAAUGACAGCGCUGGUGCCGGGGGAGAUGCGAUCAAGAACAGUGCAAAAUCUACUAAAUCUACAGAGAAAGCUGAUAAUGGAAAGUCUCAAAAGAAGGUCAAGACACCUAAGACUGAAACCAUGGAGUCAGCCUGCAGUCCGAGAGUGUCGGUGAAACGGGAGCCAGAGGAUGACGAAUUUGCUGCAAAGAAGAAAGGGUUGAAAAGAAAAAGGAUUAAGGAUGAGCCCAUGGAAGGCCCUUCACACUCCAGUGCUACACCUACCACAAAGAAAAAAACUAAGCAACGUGGGCAGGAAGAAGAAAGUGACGGAGAAGCUCAGAAGAAGAAGUCCAAGAAGAAAACAGAAAAGACGGUAAAGAAAGAGGAAGGAGAACAUCCAAACUCCAAAAAACCUAAGAAGACAAAAGAGGAUAUCGCGGAAGCAAGACUAAUGAAGAUCAAAAAGAAGGAGGAGGAAGAGCAAAGUCGCUGGAGAUGGUGGGAGGAAGAGAAGUAUGAAGAUGGCGUGAAAUGGAAGUUCCUGGAACACAAUGGACCCUCCUUCCCUCCUGAGUACCAGCCUCUGCCAGACAACGUUCACUUCUACUAUAAUGGGAAGAAGGUGAAGCUGAGCUUGGCAGCCGAGGAGGUGGCGUUGUUUUUUGCCCAGAUGUUGGACCAUGACUACACAACCAAAAAGGUGUUCCGGGAGAACUAUUUUAAAGAUUGGAGGAAGGAAAUGACCCAUGAGGAGAGGACACUGAUUCAAGAUCUGGACAAAUGUGGCUUUGGAGAGAUCCAUGCCAUGCAUAAAGCAAAGGUGGAGGCCAGGAAAAUCAUGACCAAGGAGGAGAAACUGGUUGUGAAAGAGGCAAACAAGAAGAUGGUGGAUGAGUACGGCUACUGUCUGCUGGACCACCACAAAGAGCGUAUUGGCAACUUUAAGAUUGAGCCUCCAGGGCUUUUCCGGGGUCGAGGUGAGCAUCCCAAACAGGGCUUGCUGAAGAAAAGGAUCCAACCAGAGGAUGUUAUCAUCAACUGCAGCAAAGAAGCCCGUGUCCCAGUGCCGCCUGCUGGUCACCGCUGGAAGGAGGUUCGACAUGACAACGCAGUGACAUGGCUAGCCAGCUGGACUGAGAACAUCCAGGGCUCCAUUAAAUACAUCAUGCUCAAUGCAAACUCAAAACUCAAGGGAGAGAAGGACUGGGAGAAAUAUGAGGUUGCUCGCAAACUGAAGUCAUGCGUGGACAAUAUCCGUAACCAGUACACCCAGGAUCUCAAAUCUAAACAGAUGGGUACACGACAGAGAGCUGUGGCCCUCUACUUCAUAGACAAGCUGGCACUGAGAGCUGGUAAUGAAAAGGAGGAGGGAGAAACGGCAGACACAGUUGGUUGCUGCUCGCUGCGUGUGGAGCACAUCACACUGCAUGAGAAACUGGAAGGCAACGAGUGUGUGGUGGAAUUCGACUUCCUGGGUAAAGACUCUAUUCGCUACUACAACAAGGUCCCCGUCAUCAGGAAGGUUUUUAAGAAUCUCAAACUGUUCCUGGAGAACAAACAGCCUGGAGAUGACCUCUUCGACCGUCUUAAUACAGGCAUGCUGAACAAGCACCUGAGUUCUCUGAUGGCCGGUCUGACUGCGAAGGUCUUCAGGACAUACAACGCUUCCAUCACUUUACAGGAGCAGCUCAAAGAGCUCACAAACAAGUCCGACAAUGUACCAGAGAAACUGCUGUCCUACAACAGGGCUAACAGAGCAGUUGCCAUUCUGUGUAACCACCAGCGGGCGCCGCCAAAGACCUUUGAUCAGUCUAUGGCUAACCUUCAAGCCAAGAUUGAUGCUCGAAAGGAAAUGCUGUCCCUAUCAAAGACGGAGCUGAAACAGGCCAAGAAGGAGGCCAAGACCAAAGGCAGCUCAGAGCCCAGACUGCAGACGCUGGUGGAGCGGAAGAAGGCAGCAGUGCAGCGCUGUGAGGAGCAGCUGCUGAAGAUGGAGGUCCAGGCGACUGACAGAGAAGAAAACAAACAGAUCGCACUGGGUACCUCCAAGCUCAACUACCUGGACCCUCGCAUUAGCGUGGCUUGGUGUACCAACAUGGACGUACCUGUAGAUAAAAUCUACAAUAAGAGCCAAAGAGACAAGUUUGCCUGGGCCAUCGACAUGACGGAGGCAGACUUUGAGUUCUAACUUUAAACUUCUAAAACCCCAGUUUCAUGCACACAUUUGUUUACAGCUGGUAAUUUGUUUGAUGCUUUUGACACUUGUUUUGUUUGUACAUUUUGUGUUUGCACUAAUUUGAAUAAAGGUUCCUACUACACAGAUAAGUGACACACUUUUGAGUGGACAUUGUGGCAAAUACCUCUAAUUCAGUGCAUGUUAAUUGUCAGUUAAAAACAUCUUAAUGCCCAUUAUAGAAGGUAAAUUCCCAGCUUAGUUUACCCUGAAGUGUAAUAAUAAACUGUCAUUUCAAUACAUUAGACCGAAAACACAUGCAACACUGAUAUAUUCCAUGAUAAAAUACAACUCUGGCUUAAAAAGAAAUUAAAUACAUAACACUGAGCACCUAGGAGUUGUUUAUAUUUAAAAACAAUUAACUCAGCACCUGGUCAAAUGUUAUGUAAUACAUGACAGACAGCAUUGUAUUAAAUAGCUUUAAUAAAAGAAAAUCAUUUGGAAUGCAUCCCACACCUUGGUAGUGACAGUGCUGUUUGUGAAACACUUCAGGCUUCAGAUGUUCACUGUGCCCGUUUCCCGUGUUGGUAGGGAUGGAGGUUCCACUGGCCUGCCGGUUGUACUUCUCAGCG